AGGAACUAUAUAAGGCAAAGGCAGUUCUUGAUCCAACAUCCAGGCCCACAGGUCCAGGCAGCAUCUGUCUCACUGUUUACCUCAGACCGGAUCUUCUAAAACUAUGCUCCACUUCAGACUCAGCACCACACUGUUGCUGGCAGCAACAUGUUCGCUCAUGACAGCAGUUGUCUCCACAGAGAAAGCUAUCACCUGUGGCGGCGACGGCAAUGUCCAGCGCCUGAGCUGCGAUACCGGAGUGAUCAGUGUGCAGACGGCUCUGUAUGGACGAUCAGACACUGUGACCUGCAGUGAGGGAAGACCUCCAGCACAGCUCGCCAAUACACAAUGCUCUCUAGCGGGCACAGUUGACGUCCUCAAGAAUAGGUGUGAUGGCAAGAGGCAAUGUGAACUAAACAUCAACGUUUUUACCACUGAUCCCUGCUAUGGCAUCUACAAAUACCUGGAAACCACCUACACCUGCCUCCCAGCACUUCACAUUGAUGCCUGCGAGGGCUCUUUGGCGCAACUCCAGUGUGAUCAAGGGCAGGUUAUAUUUGUGUAUGGUGCAGACUAUGGACGUCGUGACCAGACCACCUGCAUUUACCAACGGCCUCCCAAUCAAGUUCAAAAUAUCUACUGCUCAAGCCCCACACCAAAAGUUGCUGACAGCUGUAAUGGAAAGAACAGCUGUACCAUUGCAGCGAGCAACUCUGUGUUUGGAGACCCCUGUGUUGGCACCUACAAGUAUCUGGACGUGGCUUACACAUGUGAUUAUCCUGGGACCGAUCUGCUUCCAUAGAGUUUACUUAUGUAAGCACACUGAAGUUUCAGUCAUGUCACAAUAAACAUGCAUGCAAUCAAAUACA